AUGGAAGGCUCACCGCGGCGACGAAGGCAGCUUCUAGUAGCGCUAGAAGCCAAGCCCGAGCAUGAGCAGCGUUAUCUCAGAAGCUCCGGCAGCAAAGGUCACAGCCCCCAAAGACAGAAUACUCCAUUUGCCGGCUCAAAUAAUCAGGAGGCUUUCAACGAGGCCAAGAAACUCAGGGACCAGAGGCAGAAUACGCAGAAAUACCCUAGUUCGAAUGCCUCUAGACUCGAAGAGAAGUUAGAAGACUUGGUGUCGCUACUUCGUGCCGGGAUCCGGCUGCCCACAGGUGCGCCAACGGGUCCGCCAAGGGGUCCGACCACGGUUGCGACUGCGACCACCGCAUUGCCAACACAGGGUGGACAGCCGCAAGACAUCAUCUCAAAUGUCGUCUCGCCCACGGACUCAGACAUCGAACAUAACGGGGCCAACUAUGUGCCUCCCAAUGCGAUCGCCUUGACCCCGAGCGCCACCGCUACCGAUGUCAGUAGCAGUUCAUCCGCUGUAGCAUCGUUCCCAUUGACUGCUUUUGAGCCUACCCUGCUGCAGACGGAACAAUACCUCACCCUCUUCUAUAGUGAACUGCUCCCCUACUUUCCUUGUAUAUAUAUUCCCCCGGGUGCAUCGGCCCAGCAAUUCCGACGCCAUCGGCCAUUCACGUGGCUAUGUAUCAUGGAUAACCCAGCUAGACGUGUAUUAUAUAUCCGACCCAUCAGCGAUCGUAAUAUAGACUUGUAG